CUCUGGUUUGUGUGUUUGGGUAACCUGUGUGCUUCUGGUUGUGAAACAUACAAACAUUUAAGGUUAUAGCUUACUUCAUCUAAGGCUUCCGUUAUUUCUGGUUCUUGGCAAGACAUGUAUAUUUGGUAUUUAGCAUUGUUGUAUUUAACAUCUGUGACCUGCAGGUUUGUAGUAUAUGCAAUAUAUAUUUACAGUUGUAAUCUGAUUGAUUUAGGGCUCAUAAUUUAAAUUUAAUUUUUAUUUUGAUGGUCUACAGUGAAUUGAGACAUGGAAUCAUCUGUAUGUAUCUUGCACUCGUUAGUAAUGUGUCCUUGUGUUUGUGCCUCCCAGUUGUUCGUAUCGUUUACUUAGAAUGUUUCUUCUGUGCUGUCUGGUCAUGUGUGUCCUUCCGUUACUCGUAGUUUGUUAAUGUGCCGCCAAUACCCCACAUUCGCCUCGCAAUAGUGCAUGUCAGGAUCUGAUGAGUGUGGUCAGGAUGGAUCUAUUUAUAUGUAUGUUUCAAAAUUUGGAAACCAGAAGUAAACUUCAUUCUACAUUCAUUCCAUCAAACUGCUUGAAUGCUCUUGGUUUUUUUUGUUUGUGGUAAUAUUAAUUGCUUGCAGCUCUAUCUAAAAUGUCAUUUGAAGGACUAGAGAUUACAAGUAUUGUGUAUACGUACAUUAAUCAUAAAUUGUUAGCACUUUAGGUGUACAUAACUUGCGGGGAAGAAGUAUCAGUUCUAGCUUCACCUUUCCUAUUAUUAAUACAAUGGCUAUGCCUUGUUUUAGUCUUUAUCAAGCAUUCAGUUGUAACCGCCACGAGAGAAUAACUGAAUAUUUCACAGGGAUAACUAUGACUAUAUAUCAUUCACAAAUGUUUACUUAAAAAAGUACCCAAAAAUAGGGUUUUUGCCUUGUAUAACCAAAACAUCUAGUACAGAAGCUACCUUUGCAAGCUGUAGCAAUAUUUUUAAAAAUCCAAGUUGUAUCCUAAUUCCCCUUAAAUUUGGUUGUUGAAAUUAUUCUUUUAUAAACAGAACCACAUUGCAAAUUAGCUUAAUAUGUAGUAUUGAAUGUGUUCGUAAUAGUUUGGUGUUAUCGUACAUGAAUACAAGUGAAUUAUGUAGGUGGAGGUAGUAAAGUGAAACACAUAAGAAUUAUAAAGUACUUGGAGAAAUAUAUACACAUAUUGUAAUUGAAUGUAACUUUAAUAGAAAUGACAGAGCAAGAUUGUGUAAUGGUAAAAUAUUGGAAAUGCGCAUGGGUUCGAAUCCCAGUACAGUAAUCGGGUUUUCUUUAGUUUUUCCAUGAAUCACUUGAGGUAAAGGAUAGGAUGGUAUCUUGCUGUAGGACAUGGUUGAUUUCUUGCCAGUUUCCAGGAACCGUGUCAUUCCGAACAGUCUCUAAUGGUCAACGAGAUGUAAAACAUAAAUAGAGGAAUAAAUAUAAUAUUUAAAGUAUCUGCUGCCAUUGUGAUGACUCUAAGUGAUUACAUCUUGUUAAAAAAACACCACUUAUUUUACUAUACACCCAAAAUGUUUUAUGGCAGAUUAAGAGAUUCAUAGCAUUAUUUUUAUUUUAUAAUACAAAAUGUAAGCAGCAAAAACUUUUACAUGUUAUUUUAGACCCUGUCACAUUGCUGCAAUGUCAGUGUUUGCAAAGCCUUAAUAGGCAUCAUUGGCAAGUAAAUAUUUUUAUGCAUGUUUGAUAUUUGGGUGAGUUGUCCCAGUGUUGACAAAAUAAUGAGAAAUGCCUCAGUCAUUUGUAUUGAGAGUUAGGCUUGAAUGUACUCUGUUUAACUUCUUAUGAGAGCUAAGUGAAGGAAUUAUUUGUGUGUGGGUGUGCGUUUUCAUUUAUAGUAUGAGUUUAUUCUGGUACAUACCAAUUUCUAGAGCUAAGGGGGAAAAAGUAGGUUAAAAAAAUUCCAUCACUAGUUUAUGAAUUUAAUGUUAUAGAGGGGCUGAAAUUCCUCCAAUUUGAGAGAAAAUUUUUUCUUAAUAUCUAAGCACUAGCUAUUUUGUUUUACGUGUGAUAUCUUGCUGUUGCAUUCCGUAUACAUCUGAAGGCAUAAUUGUGGAGCAGUGCUUAUUUAAUGUUGUAAUUUUUGUGACUUGUGUGGUUAGUAUUCAUGUUACUGUACUGGAAAAAGUUCUUAAAAUGUUUGCAGUUUAUUCUUACCGAUGUGUGGGAUCAGGGAAAAUAAAACAUCACAUCAGUAAAUAAUUUAACUCUUACUUAUGCACUAUAAUUUCUAUACAAGUCUUCACUGACUCUGCACAACGUUAGUUGAUCGUGGUGUCUUAGCAGUUAGUCAUUUGUUUGAGCAGCACUAACCCACACCACUGUCUAAUCACUUUGCUAGUCACAGCCAGACGAUGAACUCACAUCCCUUUGGCUUGGAAUCCAUCACCUGUAGUCAUUCGCUGUGAUGCGUUAGUGUCGAUGUUAUCAUUUCACGUGGCUGACUAGGCUGCCGGCUUUUACGAGUAGUAGAUGAACACACUGGAAAUUGAUAAGGUCUCUUAAAAACCUGAAAACACGUGGAGAUUGAGCAAAUGUUAAUUACCAGCUUAAUUAAUAUUUUUUUUUAAAUACAAGUGUUAUGAAAACCAUCUGUCUUUUAAUCACAAAUACCAUCUGUUAACAUUAGUAAAAUGUAAGUACUACUACUAAUGAAUCAACAUGUCUUUUGAUUAAUAAUUUGAAGUUUGAUCAAGUGUCGAUAGUCAUUCACCUGGCCACAUUCCGAAAUGUAUAAUUUCAAAGUUUUUAUCAAAUAUGGUUUUUUUUUGUUACAGAAGCAGCAUUGGUUGUAUAACAUUUAUGGAAAUAACGGUGCAAACAGUGUAUGAGGAAAAUGAUUUUAUGGUCACUUUUGUAUGUUGCAUGUGGUCAUGUUUAUGUCUUCUUGCAAAAUUGAUUAACGACAAAGGGAAAAAAAUGUUUGGUUGGACAAUUUUUGAGGAUCUCUCCUCCAUUUUUGAUAACCCAGCCUUCAUAUCCUAUAAGGACGUCCAGGCUGGGGCCCCCAUGGGCAUGGAUGCGGAUACGCCGCAUACGCAACCAGGAAGAGCGUUAGAGCUUUUAGCUAUACACAGAGGCUUUGGUUGGACAGGGAAAACUCUGGGAACUUGCGUGGGAACCCUGUAAAUAUAGUACACGCGUGCAUGCUGGAAGCCUAGGAAGUAACGAGAACCAGGUCCUGCUACGGGGCGGUGGGGGGGCUGGGACCCACCGUCCGUCGGGUCGGGAGUCGAGGCGGGCUGGGCUGAUGGCGGCACCUUGGCACGAGGAGGGCUGGGGCCCGGUGGCGCGCCGGCUGACGCGCGCGGGUGUUCCAGGCGGAGCCAUGUCGUCGUGGGACGCGCGUCGCCGCAGCUCUCAGCCCGGGCUGUCGUCACGCCUGCGCAUGGACUCGUACAGCGGCGCCGGCCGUGCCAGCCGCUCUCGGGCGGUGUCCCCCAAGAGGCGGGAGCUGGACAACGUGAUGAAGAAGGCCCGUCGCGACGGCCCCACGCAGAGCAGCUACUGGAACAAGAAGCUGCUGGAGGCGGAAGAGAAGGAUCCCAACAGCGCUGCUGUAUUGGCCAGGUGGCGGCACAGUGGCUUCAAGGAACUGUACGGCGGAGGAGGAGCUUCAUCCCCGGUCGGCUCCCGUUCCAGCUACCGCCGGUCACGCUCGCGCUCGCGCAGCCGCCCGCCGCGCAGGAGCCGCUCGCGCGCGCGCUCCCCCGUGGCCGCGCCCCGCCCGCGCUCCAGGGAGCGUGCCCGGGAGAGGGAGCGCGAACGCAGGCCGCACACGCCCCAGCCGCAGGCCCAGAAGGUGCAGUCCCCGCCGAGGGGAGGGCGCCCCCUAGCUCGUCGCUCGUCGCGCAUCGCAUCGCUGUCGGGCAGCUCACGCUCGCUCAGCAGUUGCAGCGACGAGUCCUGCUCCGUCUGCUCUCCCAAGACCAACAAGAAGGUGGUCCCCAACCCCAAGUACCGCUCCAGGUCUCGCUCGUUCUCGGUGCCGAGGAACCAGCCCACGAACAGGUCCCCCCUGUCUCCGCGGGCGGACGCGCGGAGGCUGCGGGAGAAGUCGAGUCCCCCGCGCGACCCGCGCCGCCCGCCCACCAGCCCGCCGCCCGCCGCCCGCAACAAGGUCAAGGUCAAGAGGAAGACCAGCCGGGACAAGGGCGCCGGGGCGAGCCUGAAGAAGCGCAAGAGCCGCAGGAAGAGGCGCCGGCCCGCGCCGCCCGAGGGCAGCGUGCUGCGACGUGCCUCCCCCUUGCCCUCGGCCUCCGAGGACAGCUCCACCUCCUCCGUGACGUCGGGCGGGGGGGCCACGCGCCUUACCCUGUCGGAGCGCUUCGGCAAGAUGGCGCAGUGGUCGGUGGACCGGCGGGACUUGGACGGGGUGAAGAACAUGCGCAUCACGAAGCAGGCAGACAGCUCCGACCUGAAGGUGGUGAUCGAGGGGGACCGGUACCGCAGCCCGAGCCCCGCGCCCGCCUCGGACCGGCGCAUCGGGCUCGGCUACUACCCCGAGACGCUGCACUCGGCCCCCGUGGGGCUGGACGCCUGGGACGACGUGCGGGUGCGCUACAAGUACUACAAGGACCGCGGCUACCUGCGCGACCUCUCGCUGGACGACUACGUCAAGUGGGAGGAGUGGUGGUACAAGUACCAGGACUGGCUGGAGGCGGAGCGCUACUACGAGCACUGGGCAGCGCUGCACGCCGAGGAGGCGACACGCAGCUCGCGCCGUCGCCGCCUGCGCAGGUAGGCGUGCUCUGGCAAUGUGCGUCGCCGCCUACGCCCGAAAAGCACGCAUUUCCGUCUGCGCAGGUAGGUAUUGCUGCCUGUGCAGGCGAGUGCGCCC